GCACGGUGCGACGUGCUGGACCGACGGUUCCUGCGCGAGGAAUCGACACAAAACACCCACAAACGGCUGCACGCUCAAACACGUCUAUAAAUACACGCCUUUAUCACAUUGGUGCCUUUUUACAUCAUUUUGCAUAACGAGAAUAAGAAGCCCACCGGCCGAGCGCAUCCCCAUCAGUCCGCAGCUACAAGCCCUCUGAAUCAGCAGCGGGCGCUGCCAUUGCGCAGCCGCCAACGAGGUGAAGGUGGAAAAUCCUGUCGGAGGAAGGAUGCUGCAGUAGGCCGUCGCUGCGCAGCGCAACCAGCUGGACGCCGCCAUCCCCCUCGCCGGCUCCCCGCGGAGCUCUGCCUCGGUUGUACUGUCGCCCCCCUCCUUAAUCUCCCACACUGCGACUUGCUGCAGUCGACGCUGCAGUUGUGAGCCGCUCGUGCACCGGGAGCGCUGACUCAAUGAGAACGACAUGCUCGCAUUCGUCCUGGUCUCUGGGUCGCUCUGGAUCAUUUUAGAGCUGAGUUCCACCCUAAUGGAGAAGAUGCAGGCCCAGGAGAUGAUGAGCGGCCUGAGGAUCCCGGAGAUGGACGACAUCAGCCAGUUCUUCCUGUCGCUGCCGACCUCCACGCUGGUGGGCAUCGGCGCGCUGACCGCCGUGCUCACGUACUGGCUGGCGACCAGGCCGCGGCCCAUCACGCCGCCCUGCAGCCUGCAGCACCAGUCGGAGGAAGUGCCGCACGAAGGUGGCGGCCGCAGGUCCAUGAUGGGCGACAGGACCAAGCUGCUGACUCAUUACCAUGACGACGCCAGGACCAUGUACGAGGUCUUCCAGAGAGGCCUGCGUAUAUCUGGUGAUGGACCUUGCUUAGGCUCGCGCCUCCCCAACCAGCCUUACAAAUGGAUGUCCUAUAAGGAGGUGACGGCCCGGGCCGAGCACGUGGGCUCCGGCCUCCUGCACCAGGGCUGCCAGCCCAACGCCAACCAGUUCAUAGGAGUGUUUGCCCAGAACAGGCCAGAGUGGAUCAUCUCAGAGCUGGCCUGCUACACCUACUCCAUGGUGGUGGUUCCUCUUUAUGACACUCUGGGCGCAGAUGCCAUACGGUUCAUCAUUAACACUGCUGACAUCACCACCGUCAUCUGCGACAAAGUGGAGAAAGCGCAGGUGCUGCUGGAGAACGUGGAGCGCGAGGAGACGCCGGGGCUGCGGAGGAUCAUCCUGAUGGACGCCUUUGAGCCGGCGCUGGUGGAGCGCGGCAGGAGCUGCGGCGUCCACGUGCAGGCCAUGCAGGAAGUGGAGGCUCUGGGCAGAGAGCACCACAGACACCCCAUACCGCCAGCGCCAGACGACCUGUCCAUCGUGUGCUUCACCAGCGGAACCACAGGAAACCCAAAGGGGGUGAUGCUGAGCCACGGCAACGUGAUCGCAGACUUCGCAGGCUUCCUCAAAGUCACCGACAAAGUCAUAUGCCCCAACGAGAACGACUGCCUCAUUUCCUUCCUGCCGCUGGCUCACAUGUUCGAGAGACUCAUCGAGUCAGUGGUUUACUGCCACGGAGGACGGAUCGGGUUCUAUCAGGGCGACAUCCGUCUGCUCCCGGACGACAUGAAGGCCCUCCGCCCGACCAUCUUCCCCGUUGUGCCUCGACUGCUCAACCGUAUGUACGACAAGAUCUUCAGUCAGGCGAACAGCUCGUGGAAACGUUGGCUGCUCAACUUUGCAGCCAAGAGGAAAAGUGCAGAAGUCAGCUGUGGCAUCAUCCGCAACGACAGCAUGUGGGACAAAAUCUUCUUCAGUAAAAUCCAGAACAGCCUCGGGGGGAGGUUGAGGAUGAUCAUAACGGGAGCAGCUCCUACCUCGCCCACUGUCCUGGGGUUCCUCCGAGCAGCUCUGGGAUGCCAGGUGUACGAGGCCUACGGUCAGACAGAGUGCACAGCUGGCUGCACCUACACCACACCUGGAGACUCCACCACAGGUCACGUCGGAGCCCCGCUGCCGUGCAACCUCAUCAGACUGGUAGACGUCCCUGAGAAGAACUACUUUGCCGCUAAGGGAGAAGGAGAGGUUUGUGUGAAGGGGCCGAACGUGUUCAAGGGCUACCUCAAGGACCCGGAGAGAACGGCCGAGACGCUGGACCCCGACGGCUGGCUGCACACGGGCGACAUCGGCAAAUGGCUGCCUAACGGCACGCUGAAGAUCAUCGACAGGAAGAAGCACAUCUUCAAGCUGGCGCAGGGCGAGUACAUCUCCCCCGAGAAGAUCGAGAACAUCUACAUCAGGAGCCAACCUGUGGCCCAGCUCUACGUUCACGGAGACAGUCUGCAGUCCUGUCUGGUGGGAAUCGUCGUUCCGGACCCUGAAGUCAUGCCUGAGUGGGCCAAGAAGAAGGGCAUGCUGGGCACCUACAAGGACCUCUGUAAAAACACGGAACUAAAGAAGGCGAUCCUUGAAGACUUGGUGCGCCUCGGCAAAGCCAGUGGUCUGCACUCCUUUGAGCAGGUGAAGAACAUAUACAUCCACAAUGAGCUUUUCUCCAUUGAAAACGGCCUCCUCACUCCGACACUAAAGGCCAAGAGGCCCGAGUUGAAGGAAUACUUUAAGAAGAAGAUUGACCAGCUCUACAGCAGCAUCUCCAUGUGAAGACCGGCCGACUUCAUGUCCCCUCAGGCGUCUUAACACUAAGAUUUGCUCUGACCAUUGACUGACCUGGGAGGCAGCCCAGACCCGGCCUCUAUGGAAGAUAUGAAAUGACCUAAAAAGAAAAAGAAAAUACCAAACUAAUGUAUUCCCACCUAUGUGGAUAUUUUAAUCAUCGUUUCAUUACCGUUGUACCACAUUUCUUUUCUUGCCACAUUAGCAAAGUGUUUUUUCAGUUGCAGUACUGUUCAGCAGGACGCAGUUUAGACCAGUAGCUCUGAAUACGAGGCACCGUCAUUCAUUUUCAAGAAGGUCAAAGGGUGAUUCAUCCAUUUAACCUGUUCUUUUUUAAAGGAUGUCUUAUUGAUGCCAAAAUGAAGUGUCCAGUCACAAAACCCUGGGCGUUGUCGCAGGCGCUGAUGACAGCUGGGUCAUUAGUAAUGGCUGGGUUGUGCAUGCAGCUUAUUCCAGAUGAGCAUGAACAACUAGUAGUAGUCUCCUUCCAGCUGCUUUAAUCCCAGACGCUACGACGUGAUGGACGCCUGCUUUUGGUUUUGGCGCUAACUUGUUUGUGAUGACGGUGCUUCGUAUUCUGCGUUGGCACAUUUAAACUGCUCCCUGUUGGUUAGAAUGAAAAUGCAGUAAGUCUUUUUUAUGUUGCAUGGGGAUCAUAUCACACUUACAAACAAAACGCUGUAAAACAUAGUUGACUUCUGGAGAUGCAUAUACCAAUGCAUGUUGUAGCUUGUUUCACGUUGGAUCACAUUUCCGUUGUGCGUCGUCUCUGGGGGCAUUUCAGAUCUUCCAUACUUCGUCCAGACAAACACGCUUGCUCUGUCCCCAGCAGCAGAAACUCAUCAGUCCCCUCCACGUCCUGUCCCUCUGCCCGUCUUUAAACCCAGCAGCCAAACACAACCCCAGUCCACAGUCGUACGACAGCAAGCGUGAUGUCUUUGUGUGUGUUGUAGCUUCAGGAGACGUCUAGAUGUGUGAUAAUGCUGACACCGUGCAGGACCGUGACGGGAUUUGUUCCCCGCUGCAAAACGAUGGGUUUUCAUUUCAUCAAACAAGCUUCUUAGCGCACAAGGAGGGCCUUAUACGUCAUGUGACACGGCAAGGGUUAAAGUUCUGUUCAGUCCAGAUGUGGUGUAUUGAGACCAAAACUUUCCGAUCGGAUUUCGUAAGGCGGCAGCUCCUGCCUUACUCACCAUUGCUGUUGACUUUGCUCCGUGUGGAGCAUAUGAAUGUUUGAGCCAAAUCCAAAUCACUUUCUGUCAUGCAUUCAUCCGUUCAUGAUGUCAUCUCCACAUGUGGCUGUGGCCAGACGUUUCGCAUGCACGCUCCUUGUUUAUAUGACGCACUGGGCCGCUGUAAGCGCCAUCAGAGUCCCUCACUCUGCAGUUGAAACAGCUUUCUUUUUAUUCAACUUUGCACAAAGAGUAUGGCAGGAAAGAGGAAACAAAAAAGAAACCAUGCAAACCAGGACUCGGAGCAAUGCAUGCAGUUUGCUCCGAGGUUCUGGGACCGUUAGGGUUUGACUUUAAAAACAUGAAUGAUCUUUGUGGCCAUUAUUAGAAAGUUGUGUACAGCUGCCCACAGCCACUGAUAACAGUGUGCGGCUUUGAAAGCAAAGCUAAUGAUUUUCACUCACUGAAGGUUAAUAGAACAAAUAUUGAUUUUUAAACAAAAGGGAAAAAAAUGUGAAGGGGUUUGCACAUAGAAGUAAUGAUUAGGCUUUUUAGGUUGAUUACUGUCCCAAAGCAUAAACAAUGUGGAUGUACAUUAACAAGGACAGCUAGAUGUAAGCAUAUUUAUGAAAUCAAUGGUUUGAAUGGAUUUUGUUCUCUCUUUUUGCGUGUAGUGAGAAGAAUUGUACUUAUUUAUUUAUCUAUUCUGCUGUAAAAUGGAAUCAGCACCAUAUCCUUGUAAUGAUUGAGUGCAGCAAUAGGGACGAGGGAGGGUGGGGAAUAAGACGAGGACAAUGAAAUAAAGGAAACUCUGGAAUGAUUUUAAA